UUCCCGUGAUAGGCUUUCCGACCGUGACGUCACGCCGCCCCUACGUCUCCAAACAUCCGGUUAUGGUUUCAACGUUUCGGCGAACUGAAAAAUAUUGAGACAUUUCUAUGGAGACUGAAGCAGCUCAGACAGACAAGGGGCCCAAAGCGGCUGCUCCGGCCCAAACCAAAAAGCCCAUGGAAAACGACGUGCCCAAGAAACGUCAGGCUGAGAAAUCGGAGAAGCCUCAGACAGAUGGUGACAAGAAAUCCAAACCCAGGCCCCGGUACACCGACAAGGCACGCAAGAAUAAGAAAGAUAAAGCCAAAGUGACAGAUGCUCCAAACAGAGAGGUCAAACAGGAAGAGAAUGGAGAUAAAGAAAACCUGAACGUGCACACAGAAAAAGAGGAGGAUACACAAAAUGUAUCCAGAACUAUGAACACACCAGAGGAAACGGGGAGUGCACUAGAAAAUGAUGGGGUGCCAAAAGAGGAAGAGGAGGGGGAGGAAGGGGAGAACUGGGAUUCUUUGUUUAAUGAUGACGGUGACUGUCUUGAUCCACAAUUGAUGGAGGAGUUGUCUCUGACGGAGGGCCGCAAGAAGUCGUCUUCACAGGAGGCGCGCUCCGACCACUAUGACUGGACGCCGGAGGAGGAAGAGGAGGUGGAGCUUCGGGACGAUGAGCUGUCACACAUCGUCGAGAUUUACGAUUUCCCGCCUGAGUUUAAGACGGAGGACUUGAUCAGAUCCUUCAGCUUGUUCCAGCAGAAGGGGUUUGACAUCAAGUGGAUUGAUGACAUGCAUGUCCUCGGUUUGUUCUCCAGUCCCUUCGCAGCUCGUGAUGCUCUGAGGAUGAAGAACCCCAUGAUGAAGAUCAGGCCUCUCUCCAAAUCAUCAAACGCAACUAAAGCCAAAGCGCGCAGCUGCUCCGAUUAUCUGCUGCCAGCUAAAGAGCGUCCUCCGACGAGUGCGGCUCUGGCUCGCCGCCUGGUGAUCGGGGCUCUGGGUGUGAAGAGUAACCAGACCAAAGAAGAGCGAGAGGCCGAGAGGAACAAACUACGGAAGGCAAAAGAACAAAAGUGUUUGGCUGCUAAGCAGCGUGAAGAUGCCUGGGAGGGCAAAUGAAGACCCAGGUUUGUGUUUAUGUGAACUAUGAAGCAUUUUGAUUUGAUCGUCAGUUCAGGUCUGAAGGGGUUUAUCUGUGGGUUUGGGGUCUGAAGGGAUCGGAUCUCACAUCCACCUCCAGCAAGACUACUGCUAAACCAGCACAGACUGAACCAAAGCCACAAGAACAAAUGGAAACGGGUUCGUCGAAUCAAAGUGUGAGGGUCACACAAACUCCAACAGGGACGAUUUGUAAUUUUAUAUCUCUCCUCUUGAGAUUCGUUUUGAAUUGUGAGCUUUGCCCUGUAAAUGUUGAUGGUUGUUUUUAGUUUUAGAAAGGCCAUUUUAAUGCAUUUUUGUUAAAGAAUGGUGUUUUCUUCUCUUUUUGGUGACUAAAACAAAUUAAUCAUGUCAAUGUGAUUUAACUUUUGGUUAUUUUGGUUAUUUUUUACUUCAGUAAAGAGAGAAAUCUACACUAAGAGCUGAUGAUGUCUUUCAUGCCAUUUAAAAAAAUAUAUAGAAUCUUAAAAUCUAUCAACUCAAAAAAAAAUUAUUAUUUUUUUUUUAAUUGUGGGUUAAGCAUCAUGGUAGUACUUGUAAAUUUCAUAUUUUACAGUGACAGGAUUAAUUACAGUGACUAUUUUGUAAAUCAUAAAUUGCAAAGAAAGAACGAGUUUGUAAGAAUGAGGUGAGAUUAAAGUGCAGUGUAUUUUAUUUAAUGCCAGUCAAGUCAUCUGCAAACCAUCAGCACAUUCUAACAGAACUUUUUUUCCAUUAUUACUGCAAAUAUUGUGCUGUUUGAGCGUUUAUCUUCAAAAGAUCUCGGACAGACGUACACUCAAGUGUCUGUUGUUCUCUGAUGUUGUUGCACUCGAUUUCCCAGCUGUGAUCUGAAUAAAAACUGUUCAAAUCUUUCUCUAGAAUAUGUUAAAAAUACAUUAAUAAAUCUAUUACGUUUUCAAGUUA